UUUUCGAUGGUGAAAACAGAAGUCUUGUUUUGUUUGUAAACUGUAAGAAUAAUAACCAUCCUAAGAAAUUCCUUUUACAGCUUAGUAAUAACAAUUUUAAGUAUGUUUCUCUUUGAAAUAUACUUUGAUUUAUUUGUAGAUUUUCCAAUACAAUUAUGUUGUAGUUUGUCGUCAUGUGGUUUGACAUUUACUGUAUACCGCAUCAAUUGAACUGUCUUCAUUCCACGUAUUUAUCAAAAAAUCCAUUGCAGUUGUCAAAUAUUGGCACCAUUUGAUAACGGUGGUACGCGUUGUGAUUUUUUUAUUAAUAUUUUGGGGGGAAAAUUGUUCUUCCCUAAUGUGUGUACAUAAAACUUCGUUAUUUAUGUAAUGUGUAAUUUAUAAGUUGUCUAUUGGAGAAAGGGUUUAAUUUGUGGUACUGACAUGGCCUGAAGCUGUGAACUGUUGAUAAAAGUGCCACUAUUCGUGGCCCCUAUUGAGCGAGAUUCAACUUCAAAUUGAAAUCUUUGUAUUACCUGCAGAAGGUGUAAUCAUGCAUCGCCAUGAAUGAUUUUGACUAUGAUCUCUUUGAUGACAUGGAGGAGAUGUCUCCCAUGUAUGAUGAUUCAUACAUGCCUGGUGCAAAUUUGUGGUAUGAAGAAGACGUGGAUGAGGGCGUGAAGGUCAGUGAGCUGCUGGAACUCUGCAUUGAGCCCACUGUUCAAGAUGGGCUGAGUCAUGUGGGGAAGCUGCUUUUGUGGUGCUUCCUCUUUAGGGCCUCAACUCAGAUAGUUACCGUCCCUACAUUGCUGUGCCACAUCAUUUCUUCUGGUACAGGCUUGCUGAUACUUCAUCAUUUCUUUCGGUCCACCAUGUACUACAUCGUGGGGUUUGCAGUUGGGGCGUACUUGUGUCUGUUCCUAGUCUCCUGCCUCUUGAAGAAACACAGGGGCCCGAUCUUAGGAUUGGCAUCAAUUGUGUUUCUUAUUGUAUGUGAAUUGUGUUUUGUAAAUAAAACAGAAUGGCACAAAAUCCGUGGUGCUCAGAUGCUUGUAGCGAUGAAGGUGAUCUCAAUUGCUUUUGAUACUGACUUUGGGGCUCUGCAGUGUCUUCCUUCUCCCGCUGAAUUCACGGGCUAUGUUCUUUGUGUUGGAACAUGUGUCUUUGGUCCUUGGGUACCAUACAGGGACUACAUAUCCAUCUUCAAUAAACCUCUUUGGGACACAAAGUGGCUGUGGAGGAUCUUUACAAGUGUGUUACUGGCAUUUCUGUUCCUAACCGUAUCAACGUGUUGGGUUUACUGGCUCAUACCAGAUGGAGCUUGGAGGUGGUGGAUAGCAUAUCGGGAUGCUCUCUCAUUUCGAUCGAGUCAUUACUUUGUAUCCUUCUUGUCAGAAGCAUCAGCACUUAUGUCUGGGUUUGGACACCACGAAGAUGAACCGUGGGGUCUGUCUGUUGCACGACCACAGUUUAUAGAGAUUCCGCGUUCCUUGGUCCAAGUUGUUGUCUACUGGAAUGUGCCCAUGCACAGUUGGCUCAAGAAUUAUGUGUUCCGAACGACGAAGCCACUGGGCAGCUUCGCAGCCAUUCUGUCCACGUAUGCUGUGAGUUCCCUGCUUCAUGGACUGAACUUUCAGCUGGCAGCUGUUUUACUGUCACUUGGAGCAUAUACUUACGUGGAAUAUGUUUUGCGCCAGAAGCUUUCUGUUGUAUUUGGUGCCUGCAUUCAGGCCUCAACUUUAUGGAUCCACUUUGCGCCAUAAACUGGAACACUGACAGUCAAUACAGCCACAUGUGAUCACAACUUACUAGAGUUACAAAGUGAGACAAUGUAGAUAUUUGUGUUACUGUAACUUGACUAUUAAUGUGUGUAUAGAGUAUAGAUCACUUACUUACAGAAUGUGGCUAGAUUUAAUAAAUUGUAAUACAAAACUUUAUAAUCAGAAAUAAAAAGGCAUUGCCAGGAA